CAUCGCCCUCAUCGUUGGCCAUCACUGGCGGCCAUCCGUGUGCCGCAACGGGAGUAGCAGAGUCACAGCAGCGGACCAGUGCCGUUUCAGCGCCGGCUUCCAGUGGCAGUUCCAGCUUAGUAACUAAUAUGGACGUCAGUCGGUCCGUUAGUCCACCGGCGAAGAUGUUCCACUGUGCGGUGUCUCCACGGCGUCGCGCACCUCGCCACCAGCAGCAGCGAUUGCAGCGUCCCCACAGGCCGUGCCUGGAUUUUGACAAAAUGCAACAGCUCAAGGCACGUUCGGUAACCACUUGGCGCCAUAGUAACGAGCACUCGGGCGAACUAUCCGUGUUCUGUUGGUGAUGAUGAAUGAAUAGCUGCCUCCGGUGGCCGCUAUCUCACCGUCGUCGUCGUCUUCGUCGCCAUCGCCAUCGUCAUGGUCGAUUGUCGAUGAAAUCGUGGAAACAAGAUAUCAGCUGCAAAAAAGCACCGGAACGGAUAGCUAAGGGACAGUACUUCCGACCAACCCACACACACACCGACCGCACCAAGGACGGUCGUUUUAGCGUUUGUGACGUCAAGACCGGCUGGUCCACAUGGAAGGUCACACGGAUGGACGGCUGAUGGAUCGGAUACCAAUAAGGAUGGAUUUGUGAUUUUGUUUGUUCGUUCGGCUGACUGGCCGGCGAUGGGCAGUGUGUCCACCAGAACCACCGUUGGUCGGCCAGAUAAAGUACAAGAGUUUUGCGUUGAACGCGGGCGCGCGUGGGAAUGUUCCCUUCUGUUUGCUAACCCGGAAGGACCGUGCCCUCGCGUGCUUCUCUAUCUCCCUAUUUGUUCGAUCGUACGUUAGCGAUCGCGAGCUGCGCUCAUGAUUCAUUAAUUUGACUUACUAUAACAUUACGUACGAUUCUAUGUGUGUGUGUGUGUGAUUCGUUUUCGUUUUAUAAUACUACUUUUAACAUAACAGUUUUCAAAGCAAUUUUGUGAUUUUAAACGUUAGCGAAUGCGUAUUAAGUUUGAACAUCGUUUUCUCUACCUAACCCACUCCCCCUUUUUCUCAUGGUACUCGUGGGGUAUACCUGAAGUACGCCUGUAGUUGGUGGGUUUUAAGCUGGUUUCUCGUAAGCAGGAAGGAAGGAAGAACGCAUGACCGGAGUGGAGUGUCGAGGGCACGGCAUAAAAAGUGGUUAUAGAACUGAUCUUUUUCGGGGGGCUAGCUCUUCUCAGGGACACCAUACAUACAGAUACGCACAUCUGGCAAGGGAAAGAGUGAAAGGGAAAUGCAGAAGAGGCGAACGAACGGCAGAGAGACUACCAAAGAAUGAGAAUAUACCGAGCGGUAGAGAAAUGCAAGAUCAAAAUGGAGAAAGUCUGGUGGAACAAAGAAAAGUGAUUGGUUGAACGGAUUGGACCUGGAAAGGAUAUUAGAAACGGGCAAGCAAACCAGAGCGAAUCGAGCAAGCGGCCAUCGACAUGUUAUCCGUUUUUAGCACAUUUUAGGCUACAAGAAAAGUCCGUUUUGUUGUAGAACCGGUAGACCGAUCGUUUAUGCCAAGAUCACUCAACAAUAAUAGCGACAUCAAUACCGUAACAACCACAAGAACUCAGUCUCUGUCUCGGCAUCGACUUCACGAUCACCAUCACCUGGGAAAGGAAGCAGUGAACAAAUCCUCCGCCGCUGCCGCUCCCCCUUUUAAUCAACCAGGCCACAACGUUCGGCAUCUCUUUAGGACAAAUCGUAUCGAAAAACAAACAAAACAAAUUGUGUUCGCCGAUUCGUGUUGUUGGCCUGGCGUCGGGGAGCAGGGAACAAUAAUAACAGAUCAUGAGGAGUGCACAGCCCAAGACCCAAUUCCCUUUAACAACAAGCCAUAAGAACUGCCGUGUCGUGUACGAAGAAACACCAGCAGUAGAACCACCCAUCAGCAGCUCUCUCCGCAUGGAAACGCGAGCGCGAGUGUAUUAGUAGAACAUUAUUAUCGUUGUGUUUUUUGGCGUAAUGCUGUCGUACGUUCGUUACAUACAUACCGAGCCCGAAUCAUCAAAUACAAAUCGGUCCGAUGCCAUUACACAUUAACUGCCUGCAAUACGGAAGGCGAAAACCAUAUGUUUUUGUGCUAGAGACAACAAUUUGCACCGGCGUCGUCGCCGUUCCGGGAUAAUACUGCGUUUUUAGAUGUCGAGCCUGCGCGCGAAUUUGCGAAAGCUCCCGUUUCGUACAGAGGGCUCGCGUACGAUAUACACAAGUAUAGUCAAUCCAUUUUACCGGCAUAAUAGCUCGAGCAGAUGCUGCAAACAACUACAAUAAAAUACAACUAGCUACUCGAACUAACUAAUAGACAACUCACCAACGGUUUGUCCUCCGCCGUCAUUUCGUUUGUUUGACCGCAACGCGCGAACGGACAACUCUUUGCUGAGAUCAUUCAUAUCCAGAACCGGACACCGCGAGUGUGUAUUGGACCACACAGGCUUCAGGAUGGGAGUAUGGCAUUGGAAAGUACGAAAAGGAAGACAAAUAGAGUGCCAACGAGGGAGAAAAGAUGCGGCCUGAGGUCGAAGGGAGGUGUUUGAAUUGGAUGAUGAUGCUGCAGCCUGUACUGGCGCAGUUUGGAGUUUCUUUGCAAGCGCCCUCCGCAGCUGUAGGGAAGAAGCUGUGAAUCGAGGUGAUUUUACAAAUUUGUAUGAUGUAAGUAAGAGGAUAAAAGGGGUUAGAAACGACAAACACAAACAUACUAGUAACAGUAUAAUUGCUAGGGAAGCAAAAUGCAGGACAAAGUGUGAAAAGUGUGUUAUCCUGUGUGGUAUAACGAGCACAGCAAAGGAGGAUAACGCACCAGCAUAACAGAAGCAUUGAACGGUAAAGUAAUGAUAGAGAGAGAGACAGAGAUAGAGAGAGAGAGAGAGAGAGAGAGAGAGAGACAGAGAGAGAGACAGAGAAAGAGCGAGAAAUUUGAAGUGAAGCGCACUCCUCUAUACACGACGACGACAUCAUAUGCCCUAGGAUUCUCGAGUAAGAUAAUUCUAAGUAGAGAACAAACAAUUAAUUACUGCAAGUUGCGUUUGGCGUGGAACGUGUCUGUCUCUCAGAUCGCAGGCUGGAUCGCGCAAUCGACCUGCGCAAAACUGUUAAUCAAAUUCGAAUAAAAAGGAAACACACAAUCGCACACAUUUGCUAAUGAAGGAACUGCAGGAGCAGGAGCGAAAGAAGAAGAUCAAAGACGGCGGAGCCCCUUCUUCUGUUAGUGAAGUAUACACUGCGCGUAUAUAUUAUACACACUCACACACACGCAUAUACAUAUAUAUAUACAUAUAUAGAUAUAUAUACAUAUUGGAUUAUCAUUUAUUUGGUUUUUUGGUCACAAAUGGUGGUCCGCAACAAAUCACACCACAGGAUGGUCACUCUCGAUCGUUUUUGAUGUGUGUGUUGCUGUUGUGACCGCUGCGCAGGGACCGAUUAACAAUUGCUCCAAGCCAGUCCAUUGUGGAGGGUGCAAUUGUGGAAAAGGUAGUAGGUUAGUUUGCACCUGCCGGGGGGGGGACAUGAUGGCAGCAUGGAUCUUUCAUUGGAGAGCAGAAGCAACCGUACUGAGCCGUUACUGCUGGAGCCGGCGCCGGAAGGGGUGUACUAGUGACUCUUUAAAAAAGGGGUAAGAAACAGGAGCGAGGAAGGCUGUAAAUAGGUCACCGCGGUGUGUGCGUGUGUGCGCCGUAUGAACAUGAACAAAACAUUAACAAAACGAAAGAGUAAGCAUUUUGAAAGGAAUUUUUGUAGUUUUUCAAAAGAAUUAAAACGGAAAUACCAAUCUCUCUCACAAACACACACACACACAUACACACACACACUCAAACAGAUGAGAAAGGGGGAGAAAAGGAAGAGGAGGGGAACGUCUCUCACACAAAGUAAACUUAACAUAAGUAAAGGAUAAGCCUACUAUACCGUGCUGCAGGCGAAAAGGAAAGGAUCCAAGGAAACGCUGGCUGGAGCUUUUAAAGCCUACUAUUUUCGUGUUUCGUGCCGUGACUACUCCGUGUUGUCCAAAAACUAGGAAAUACGAUCUAUCCCUUUGCCGCUCCACACUGAACGAAUUUAUGUAAAAUCCUUCUCCCAGACGGAUACGUGAUACCCUGUUUGUUUUUGUGUUUGAACGCUGAUCGCUUCGUUUUCAGAAAAACAUGGUUUGCGUUCUGUGCGUUAUGUAGCGAAUUUAUGUGCGAACUGAGGGAAGGAGUCACUGCGUUAGUCUAUGUCUGCCACUCCUCUCUAUCUGACUCUCUGUCUAUCCCUCCAUUUCCCAUUAAUCCGUUUUUCUCUGACGAGACGUGCACAGAGAGAUCUCGUGAAAACGCGUGAAACACAAUAAUAACAAAUCAUCAUCAAUUUAGCCGCAAAACGGGGGAGGGGUUCUGGUAGGUAAACCGAAAAGAACGCAAAAAAGGGAACUGGCCAUGAAAUAUUCGAAUUAGUAGCAAAACCCGCAAAUCAAGUAAGUAGUCAGCAACGAGAAGAAUGCCGGAAGGAGAACCCGCGCGUGUGGUAGACAACGGAAGGGCGGCAACACAGACAGGGGGCGCAACGAUAAUGAAAUCGGAACUGAAUGAAAAUGAUUUAAAAAUCUGCAACAAGAAAAAAAACCAGAAAAGAAACAAACCGUAGUGUAACAAACUGAAAAGAGAAUAAAACAAACACAAACGAUUAAGAAAAUAGCAUCUA